CACAUAGCAGCUGUUCAGAGGAAAAAGGGGACACCAACAAGGCUUAACACCUGAUAAAUUGAAAAAAAAAAAAAAAACUUACAAAAUUACAGAUAUUUUAAAGAAGGUCAAACUUUUUCUAACAUUAGAGACUGAGACGACAGAACACGAGGACAGAAAUGGGGUCUACUUAGGCCUGGACUUAAACAAGACAAAUGUGAGCGUAUUAGUGUGGGGAAUUACAUCUUCAGCUAAAGUUACAGAGUUUUUAAGGCAGGACUGGAGAAAAACGUCCCUCGCAGUUUGUUUUUUGGCUUAAACUUCAGUUCAUCUGUGGCAAGAGAGACUAAGUAAGGAAAAGAACAGAACAAACAUUUUGAAACGAAAACUUGAAAGCAUCUUUCCACCACAAUGAGGAUCUUUAACAAAGACCUCCGCCUUCAGGACAUCACCAUCAUGUAUUUCACUGGCCUGGCUGCCCUAAUGGUCAUACUUGUGGCUUCGUAUCAGGCGCCCUCCAACGCCGUCGACGUGUCUAGCCUGAAGCCGAGCCCAUCCAGUCCUCUGCCGCCUCUCUCCAUGCCUUUCCGUAUGCCCCUAGAUCCCCGUGGGGACCUCCAGCUGGCCUGGAACAUCAGUUAUUCCAGCCAGGAGGUUUACAUACAGCUUAGGGUUGCAGACCUCAGACACGGGGUGAUUCUUGGGAUGUCUGACCGUGGUGAGCUCACCAAUGCAGACCUGGUUGUGCUGUGGGACACUGGAACAAAGAGCUACUUUGGGGAUGCAUGGAGCAACAGCGAAGGCCAUGUGUCACUGGACAGCCAGCAAGACUAUGAGCUGAUUGAAGCUAAAAAGAAAGAGGAUGGAUUUUACCUGCUCUUCAAAAGACCAUUUAGUACCUGUGAUCCUAGAGACUACGUCAUAGAGGAAGGAACUGUGCACAUCAUCUACGGCUUGUUGGAUCAGCCGAUUGCCUCUCUUGAAGAUCUGAACCUAUUCAGGAUCCAUACAGGGGUGCAGAGAGUGUUAAUGCUACGCCCAGACAUGCCAUCACCCACUCUGCCUCCAGACGUACAGACGUUGGAUGUUCUUGCUCCAAAUAUCAUAAUACCAAACCAAGAAACUACCUACUGGUGCUUUAUACAGAAGCUGCCUGAUGAUAUGCCCAAGAACCACAUUGUCAUGUAUGAGUCCAGGAUUACUCCAGGUAACGAGGCCAUCGUGCAUCACAUUGAAGUGUUUGAGUGUGCAACGGAUCUCCGAGACGUACCGCAGUACAGUGGCUCCUGUGAUGAUAAGAUGAAGCCCAAAAAGCUCAACUUCUGCCGCCAUGUGCUGGCUGCGUGGGCUAUGGGGGCUGAGGCUUUUUACUAUCCCCCUGAUGCAGGCCUGGCCAUAGGUGGACCUGGCUCCUCAAGGUUCCUUCGUCUGGAAGUCCAUUACCACAACCCUCUCAUUAUAACUGGCAGACAUGAUUCAUCUGGGAUACGACUGCAUUACACUCCCAGCCUGAGGCGGUAUGAUGCAGGGAUCAUGGAGCUGGGCCUGGUUUACACUCCUGUCAUGGCAAUCCCUCCGAAGCAGCAUACCUUCUAUCUCACUGGGUAUUGCACAUCCAGGUGCACCCAGACUGCUUUGCCUCAAGGCGGUAUCUAUGUAUUUGCAUCCCAGCUGCACACCCACCUGGCAGGCCGUGGCGUCAAAACUGUUUUGGUGAGGGGAGGGAAAGAGCUGGAAGUGUUACAGGAUGAUCAGCACUUCAGCACAGAGUACCAGACAAUCCGAGUUCUGAGGAAAAUGAUAAAUAUUUUACCAGGUGACGUCCUUAUAACAAAGUGUACUUACAACACAGAGGACAGGAGCAAGCCUACAGUGGGAGGUUUUGGCAUCAUGGAAGAGAUGUGCGUUAACUAUAUUCAUUACUACCCUCGGACUCAACUGGAGCUCUGCAAGAGUCACGUUGACCCAGGGUACCUGCAGAAAUAUUUUAACUUCAUUAACAGGUUCCAUGGAAAUGACCAGUGUGUGUGUGCCGAUGUUGGUGUGACAGAGCAGUACUCUCGGGUGCACUGGGAUGAUUUUGCUGGAGAAGUGCUGGAUUCUCUUUAUAAUACAGCUCCUAUCUCAAUGCACUGCAAUCAGUCAACUGCACGCCUCUUUCCUGGUGAAUGGGAGAAACAGCCGUUACCGGAAGUGACCUCUAUCCUACCAAAACAUCGUUAUCCCUGCGAAGGAGGUGCAGAGUCUUACAGCUGAGCCGGCACAUCUCCAGUCUGAGCAGAGACAUCAUAAGUAGUUUAGGACAAGAAGAGGUCAUUGGACCAGUGGGAGACUAAAGAGGCCUCCGUGAUGUGUUUCGAUUUAGUUUAUCAUCUCUAUAUUAGCUGCCUAAUAGCAUCAACUGCUUACUGUAAUUAUAUGCCUUUACAAACA